GUCCACCCGGCUUUUCAACAUGGAGACGUCCGCGAAGAGUGAUCUCUGAAGGAGACUAAUUUCAUCGUCUGUUUGUCAGCAUAAAUGUUCUGGUUCCUGAAGGUCAUUGAGAUGGCUCUACCAUGAAGUGUGCCCGCUGUCUGCUCCAGCUGCAGUGUCUGAGGCUGGUGGGCCGGUCAGCCAGGUCUGCAGCCCAGUAUGGCCCUCUGCUCCAGUCAGCCUCCACCAGUCAGCCCAGCACGCUACACAACACCAAGCACCAGGUGUUGAGGCAAUUCCACGGCAGCCCAGCAUGUGCCAAGAGUCGACCAGUGCCCACAGAGUCCAUCAACGAGGACGACAAGAAGAGGGAAAAGUCUCUGGUCGCCCACGAUGACCUGUUUGAAGAGGUGGCCAAAGAGGUAAAAACCAAGGCCAUGUUUAAUAAAGUGCUGGACGUCUUCACCAAGAGAGAUGUGAGACGGCGCGGCCACGUGGAGUUCAUCUACGCUGCUCUGAAGAAGAUGCCGGAGUUCGGUGUGGAGAAAGACCUGGUCGUCUACAACAAGCUGCUGGAUGUUUUUCCCAAAGAGGUGUUUGUGCCCAGAAACUUUAUCCAGCGAAUGUUCAACCACUAUCCCCGACAGCAGGAGUGUGGAGUACAGUUACUGGAGCAGAUGGAGAACUAUGGUAUCAUGCCCAACAUGGAGACUAAAGUCCUGCUGGUCCAGAUCUUUGGAGAGAAGAGCCACCCCAUGAGGAAGUACCAGCGCAUCAUGUACUGGUUCCCCAGAUUCAAACACAUAAACCCCUUCCCCGUUCCCAAAGAGCUGCCUGAAGACCCAGUGGACUUGGCUCGCUUCAGUCUGACUCGCAUCGCUAAUGACCUGGACGCUAAGAUCACCGUCUAUCAGCUGCCCUGUAUAGACAUCACAGAGAGAGGAGAGGAGAUCACACUGCCACAUGUAGUAGGCGUCCAGAGCCCCAGCCAGAUGGAGCUACUGGCCAAGCAUAACCCGAGCAGGCCAGUGUUUGUAGAGGGCCCCUUCCCUCUGUGGCUAAGAAAGAAGUGUAUAUACUACUACAUCCUCACAGCUGACCCCACGCCGCCGGACGAGAAGGUAGAGGAGCCCUAUGAUCCAGAGAGGUGUUUUGACUAUCCUCUGCAGCUUGACCUGGAUCUGGACCGUGACCUCGGGGACGACGAGAGUUUCAGUGUGGAAGACGUGGAUGAGGGUCCAGUCUUUGCCAUGUGUAUGACCGGCCAGGGAGACCAGGCCACCCUCAGCCAGUGGAUCUCUGGCCUCCAGCAAAACAACCCCAUCCUGGGUCAGGUCCCCACCCUGUUCCGCCUGGACCCCGGGCCCAAGGAGCUGCAGGGGGUGGCUGACACAGAGUCAGGCCAGCACCACAGCCAAGAGCCAGAGGAACAGAGAGAGGACAGCGAGCCUGAUGAAGAACCUGAGGUUAAAGCAGAAGAAGAGCCGAGGCGGAGCCGGGAGAUGAAACUCUGAACAGCAGUCAGACUGUGUGGUUAAGACUGACAAAAGAUAUCACGGCUAACUGGCUCACUGAUCACUGGCUGAUUUAGAAGUAUAUGUCCAUGCUGACUAGUGGCUGAACGAGAGUGUGUUCCUUUAACUACGGGACACACAAACUUUAUGGAACCUGAUGAAGACUCAAGGUUCAGUAAUCAAAUAAAUUGAUUUAAAAAAACUGCUCCUUCAUUUUAGUCUCUGUCAAAGGUUGCCUAGUCCACAUUUGAAAUUAUCUUAGUGUGUGCAGCCUGGGGGCUUUCCUGACCUUAUUAGCAUCUGACAGUGUCGGCUGAUAAGUAACACUACAUGUCAGUACAAAAAUGGCAAAGAUAUUUAGGAACAGUGUGUCCAGCAGAGAGCACUGACUAGUUUUGGUUUUUACGCUGUAAAUUGUCUUGCUCAGAACACAUCUUAGUCACAACCAACCUUAUUUAAAGGAACAGCACAACAUCUAUUGAUUUACACUGAUGUGCGUUCUUGCAGAGAGCUGGAUGAGAUUUAUGCCACUCUCAUAUCUGUAUGCUAAAUAUGAGGCUACAGCUAGGUGACGGCUAGCUUAGCAUAAAGACUGGAAAUGGGGUACAACUAGCCUGGCUCUGCCUGAAGGUAACCACAUCCACCUGCUGACAGCUCUCUAAUUAACAUGUUGUAUCCAUCUUAUUUAAUCUGUAUACAGACAGCAGUUUGUGGUUUUAGGGGCCUUGCUUCAUGCUGUGGUAGCCGGGUGCAGUGACUGCAGCUUUCUGGAGCCUCGCUGUCAGGUGUGGUACCCGUACACAGACCAAAUAGACCAAAACCAACACAUUGUUACAGAUUGAACAAACGAGAUAUGGCAUGUUAAUUCAUGAACCUCAGGGGCGCUGGUAGAGCUGUUGCCUCCUGGCACCAGUCUUUAUGCUAAGCUAAGAUAACCGACUGCUGCAAUUAUCUUCAUAUUUAGCGCCCAGACGUGAGAGUAGUGCCCAGCUGCUCAUCUGACUCUGGGCAAGGAAGUGACAGAAUAUAUUUUCUAUAUUCUCCAAAUCUCCUCAAAUACUCCUUUAAUGGUUCCUUGUCAAAAUGUUUGUUCAUGUUACUGUGUGUCUGAGUGGAUGUCUGACAUGAAACAGGAAAUAUCUGGUGGUAUCUGUUCCAGCUGUUGCAUAAGAUCCAAUCAUGGUUGGAGGACCGUUAAGUCAUACAUAAUACUGCUGCUACAUUUUUGUAUAUCUAACAUUUUAAAAGCUACAUUGUUGGUGGAGGCAUUGGAUCACAGAACAUCUGUUGCACAUGUAAACACAGGAUCCAGGAUGUCAGGAAACCAUUGUAGUCAAGUGUGAGUUGACAGGCCUGAAGGGUGGAGUUAUAUAAUCUUGGGGCGGUGGCCUGGUCAGGAAUGGCAGUCUAAGCAAUGAUGCAGGUGGGGUGGAGACAACAAACAUUAAGCUGACCUAACCUUAGUUACACAAGGAGUUUACUGCCUUUUCUGUGAGGGCCUUUUAACAUCUGUUGUCUUUGUAUGAGAAUUAUUGCUGCUAGAAGUCAGUUGUUUUAAUAAUCUACGUGUGAGAUUUGCCAUUGUUCUGAUAUGUCUUAUGCAGCACAACCUGUAACAGCUGAGCCGGUGGGAGGGUUUGUUGUUUGGUUUCCCUUUAACCACGAUGUCUUGCUGCAGAUUUCAGCCUGAUGGUAAUGUCCUGCCUACAGCUGUGGUGAGUCAGUGUGAAGAGAGAGACCUCAGAUGUGCAAAUACUGUCUGUAAUGUGAAUAAUAUUGUGCUACUAAAAGUCACCUUCAAAACCUCUCCACUGAGGCUAUCGGAGCAAAUAAAAGGCACCAUGUGUCUCUAAUCAUCACAAAAUGAAGAAUCCUUCCAGCUGUUAUGACUGAAGUUGUUUGUGUUCACGAUAGCAGCUGAAAUGUGACAUUAAAAUGAUCACUAACAACACUUAAAAUGGGUUGGGGUUUCUAACAAAUCCAAUAUGGAUGAGUUCAGAGCAGCAUAUUUUCCUGUUAUUUGGCAUUAUGUUUGUGGCAAUAAGUAAGAGCAGGAGGAAAACCAGAAAGAAGUAAUGACCUAAUGCAAAAAACAUCCAAAGACCGCAGAUAGCAUAAAAGCAUUAUUGAAUAAAUUGACUUAUUGGCAUCUACACAAGAUUUCUGCUAAUCCUAGAAAUCCUGGAUAAACUGGGAUUCUUCAAUGCUGAUAUUGGCAAAAUUGCCCAAAAUAUCGUGGAAAACAAUUUGUGUCCUUGAAACUGAACAAACAGGUAGCUGUUUAUUGAUUAGCUGUCCGGCCCACAACUUCACUGUUAUGCUUCACUCUCGCCGCUCUCAUAGCUUUGUUUCAGCCCCAGAAAGCUCUGAACUCACUGCACACUUCCUGCUCACCACCAAACAGCAGCAACACAGUGGAGCUUCUAGCAGAUGAAGAGCCAGACUUUUCUCUCAGGAGUUUGGUGGAGACCAAAACCAGAGAUAAAAGGAGAGGGAAUUUUGACCAACCAAAAACAUCAUCAGUUGUAGCAGGUUUCACUUCUUAGGUAUUCAGUUUAAGGUAUGAA